GUAUAUUUUCGUGGGACUAUGUUAUUGCGAUGGCGUUCUCUUCAGCGUUAGUUCCGUGUAACGCGUGCAUGAAGGAAGUACAACAAAUUCGGCGCUCCUUCAAGGUGACUUACGCGAAUCCGUGCACAAAAUGUUUCUACUGUGGGCGUUGCCGUUGGCCCUUUAUCUGUUCUAUCGGUGGAGUGUGGCAACGUACGAUUACUUUGAGAAGCGCAACAUCCCGUACGUGAAGCCGGUUCCGUUUUUCGGUCAGGUGUGGUCAUUCUUCACGCAAGGGAAACAUGCUGUGGAUGUCGCUUCCGAGGGAUACUACAUGUUCCCGAACACUCGCAUCUCGGGUGUGUUUACGCUGCGCACUCCGUCCUACCUGGUGCACGAUCCGACCCUGUACAAGCAGAUGGCCAUUAAGGACUUUGACCACUUUACCGACCACGUGACGGAGUUCUACACGGACACGGAUCCAAUUCUGGCCCGGUCCCUCUUCUUCACCAAUGGCACGCACUGGCGUCAGCAUCGGUCCGGUUUGAGUCCGGCCUUCACCGGCAGCAAGAUGCGCAGCAUGUUCGGGCUCCUGUCCAAGAGUGCCGGCGAUGCGAUGGACCGGUUGGUGGUGUUCUCCCGCGGCAAACCGUUCACGAUGGAGCUGCGAGAUCUGUACUCGCGACUCGGCAACGAUGUCAUGACGUCGAUCUCGUUCGGUGUCGAGGUGGACUCGCUGACGGACCGUGACAAUGAGUUCUUCCUCAAGGGCAAACGGUUGGCCCAAAUCGACGGACUGCCCGGCUUAAAGUUCCUGAUGGCAACCACCAUCCCGAAAGUGUUCCGCUUCCUGCGGCUCAGCGGCAUGUACAAGGAUGUGAACGAGUUCUAUCUGGACGCGGUAUCGCGCAACAUUAAGAUGCGCGAAGUGAAUCGAAUUACCCGACCGGACUUUAUCCAUCUGUUGCUGCAGGCACGCAAGAAUACUCUGGGGGCCGAAAAACAUGACGAUGAUACGCUGCAGGAUGCUGGCUUCUCCACCGCUCAGACCCAUGCAGUGGAGCAGAAGGGUGAACAAGGGUUGAGUUGGGAAGAUAUUGACAUUGCGGGAGCUACGGCUUCCUUCUUUUUUGGAGGCAUCGAGACGACCACCACGCUGCUGUGCUUUGCAAGUUACGAGCUUGCGUUGAACCCAACGGUCCAGGAUCGGUUGAGAGCGGAAAUUGACGCAAUACGGGAUGAGCUGCCGGACGGGAAAACGCCAACCUACGAGAUUCUGCAGAAGAUGAAGUACCUGGACAUGGUUGUCUCGGAGACACUGCGUCGAUGGACGCCACUGGGACUUACCAAUCGCAAGUGUACCAAAAACUACACGCUCACCAACACGGACGGCACGCGUAUUACGAUCGAGCGAGGUCACAACGUGUCGAUACCUCUGAAGUCCUUCCAUCUGGAUGAGAAAUUCUACCCCGACCCGCUACGAUUUGAUCCGGAACGGUUCUCCGAUCCCCACAACAUCAACCAGGACGCGUACGUGCCAUUCGGGACCGGGUUGCGCAACUGCAUCGGUUCACGGUUGGCUUUGAUGCAGGCGAAAUGCAUUCUAUUCCUCAUGCUAUCGAACUUCAUCAUACAACCCGACACGAAACUGACCAUCCCCGUAGUGAUUGAUGAAACGUCAGCCGGGCUCAACGCGAAGCAUGGCUUCUGGAUGAAUUUGGUACCACGGCGCACGUAA